GUCCUCUCAGGGCCUCUGUAGAAAUAGGAAACAGGAACUAAACUUUAUCCACUCGAUGCAUUGGAAUUUUACUAGUUUUUCCAAGAACAACAAAUCCAAAACUACUUUAAGUAAUCACGCCUGCAUUUGUAAACCACAAUUUGAGCUUGCAUUUCCACGUUUGACUCCUCAUUACUUUUUUUUGUGGACUUGUUUUGGUCCAGGUUUAGACUUUGCCUCAGAUCUGGGGUUGUCUGAGGGCACUGGACUGGCCCUGCCUCUUUUGCACAUUUUACAGACACAAUUACAGCCAUGGAGGAAUCUGCAGAGCCAAAGGACGUGAAGAACAGCUCAGAUUUGUGCCUAAACGCUCUGAAAACUUUUAUUGACCAAGGGAAAUGUCUCCUGGAGCUGGCAGAGAAACAAAGCAAAGAAGGUUCCCUUCAGGAUUACAUCAGACUGAAGAUCCGGAUUGAACAAAAACAGUCUCUGCUCGGACUCAUGGACUCUGCAGCUCAACUCUACAAGAGUCUGUCAGUGAAGACCAUUGAGGAGGCUGAAGAUCUGUGGAAAAGUCACUCUGACUGUGCAGAACUAACUGAAGCUCUUCGCUCCUUUCAACAUCUGGAGGAGCAGUGGGACAGUUUCCUCCAGAGGUUGGACCAGGACCUCCAGCCUGACCCUGAGACGGAGCACAGACACCCUUCGUCCAUCUCCCCUCACCUGCCCCUCACCUGCGCCCGCUCUGGACGGGAGGUGAUGCUCGGGGAUUAUCUGCAGAAGGACCAGAAGCUGCUGCUGGUUCUGAUCCGACAGUUUGCCUGUUUGUUUUGUCGCCGGCAUCCUCAAGGAGCUGCACAAGAACCAGAAUCUUCUGGAGUCUCAGGGCGUGCGUGUGGUGGUGGUUUCUUUUGGAUGUCUGGAGGGAGCGGCUCACUGGAUCUCCGAGACGGGCUGUACUUAUGACAUGCUGCUGGACCCUCAGAGACAGCUGUACAUCGCGUUCAGUCUGGGCUCGUCCCUGUGGAAGGUGCUGAACUUCAGAAACAUGUUGGUUUAUGGAGAAUAUGUGGCUCAAGACCAACAGUUCCCCAAAGAACUGCCCACUAUUGAAGACGACAUGUUCCAGCUGGGAGGAGACUUUGUGCUGGACGAACACGGCUCUGUCCUGUUCUCUCACUGCUGCCAGAGUCCCAUCGACCGACCGUCCAUCUACCGCCUCCUGUCCGGGAUCAACUGUUAACCUGUACACGCCAUUUUACAGUAUAUGCACUCAUUUACAACGAGGGACUGGCCCCAUCUCCACAAAGACCUGGCCCUGUCUCGCAAUGCAAAUAAUGUCCGGGAUCAACAGCGAACACUCUUCACAUCAUUUCAUAUUCACUUACUCCGGGGCACAGUCUCAUAAAGGGAAAGAUGAGUGGGACCAAGUACUAAUGCUAUUCACACCAUUUUACAUACAGCAUUUAUACUCUUAACCCUAUUUUACAGGCUUUAAUGUACAUCCACACGGCACUGGCCCUAUCUCGCAAUGGGAAAGAUGUGAGGGACCAACUGCUAACGCUUGAAACCUUAUUUUAUAUACACUGGCUCUAACUCGCAGUAGUAAAGGGACCAAAUAUUAUUGUUGUUUACCACGUUGUACUGUUUUAGAAUCAGAAAUCAUGAAGUUACAUUUCACUCUCUCAUGUUUUUACCAACUCCUGCAGAUUCAGGCAGGGGCUCGUUUCUGACCUUAAAACUCUGAAACUUUUAAAUAAAUGAAAAUAAUAAUUA